AAGAUUUGGAUGGAGAAGAACAUUUUUAGCAAUGGCUGGUAUUGUAUCCGUAACUUGUAUUCUAGCUUUGGUUUAUAAGCCAAUUAUGCUAGACUCUGAUGUGGAACACGAGAGUAAUGAGUCAGCAAAGGAUGAUAAAUUCUGGGAUGUUACGAUCCUCAAGCACAAAGUGUUUGUCCUUAUAACAGUUGCUGGGUUUGUGUACUACCUUGGCCACUAUACUCCACAUGUACAUAUAGUUCGUUUUUUGGAAGGCAAAGGAGUCCCAGAGGCUAAAGCAGCACGUUUGUACAUCUAUAGUGGUCUAGCUUCCUUGCUAAUCCGACUGGUGAUUGGUCAACUGAGCGACGUUGCUUGGAUCAAUAUGUUCUAUAUUUAUGCAAUAGCCACAGGUGUUGAGUGUGUGGUUACCUUCCUGUUACCUUUCGUAAUCACAAACAUUAGCCUUGUUAUAUACUUUGUGGUGUUUGGAUUGGCUGAUGGUGCAAUGGGUUGUGGUUUGCCCAUUGGUGUGAUAAACAGUCUUCCAGAGAAAAUGAGACCAUUGGGGAUCGGGGCUUACAACUGCCUCAGUUGUUUUUCCUCAGCUUGUGGUCCGGCUCUUGGAGGUCUAGUCGCAGAUAUAGAAAGAUCCUACGUCCCUAUGUUCAUGAUGGUUGGUGCUUUGUUAACUGCUGGUGCUGCGAUGUUAAUUGCAGUUUCUUGCGUGAAGGAACCUGAGUUGCUGCGCCCGAUUUCGUUGAAAGAAAUUGAAAAGUGGGAGGUGCUGCGCCACCAAGAAUUCAGUGUCCUUUAUUUUACGUGUAUGAGCGUUUCGCCUCCAACGCGGUUUUGGUUGCGGAGACAGAACUGUCACAGACGCUUUAGUGUUGUGACCAAGGUAAACUCAAGCAGGCUUUUUCACAUACCUGCUUACUUUUCGGUUCUCUUUGACCACUAAUACUAUAGCAAUGAAAUUCAUACGAACCCCCGAAGGAAAAAACCUACCCGGCUAUUAUCAUCUACCCUCAUUCUCGACCAACUGUAGGUCAUGUAAACAUCCAGUCCCUUAGGCGUGUAUUCCUUGGUCCGACACAUUUUAGUGGGAUUAUGUGCAUGUCAAGAGUAAACUUGACAGUGACGAUACAAAGCAAGGACACUACUAAGCAGAUAGAAUUUAAGCUAUUUGAGGCAUAAUCUUUUUUCUUCAAUUCAUAUUUGUUUAUAAAAAUUUAGUCAUUUCUAAUUGAGUAUUCAUCAUAUUUAGGCAGCUCUGGGGAUAAAGUCUUCAUUCGUCAGCUGACAUCUACAAGAGAUUGAGUAAAUUUACAAUAAAAAAGCUGUUAACGAGAGACAAAUCUUGUCAUACUUUAUUUCAAGUUCUUAAUUAUUUCACUAUUUUGAAGUAAGUGAUAGCUAGACUGUAAAAGCCCAAUAUGCAUGAUUUAUCGACAACUAUUCAAUUAUAUAAAGACAUGGGUAUCUUCUAGCCUCUUCGCCUUCGUGAGAGGAAUUUUAAGCCUACCUUGCGAAUAUAAUGCUUUCUUGGUUGAGUAGGAACACAUCGUGCUUCAAUUCAAAUAUUUGUUUUAUUAUAAAAAUUUAGGCAUUUCUAAUUUAACAUUCAUCUUAUUUAGGCAGCUCUGGAGAUAAAGUCUUCAUUCCUCAGCUGGCAUCUACAAGAGAUUGAGUAAAUUUGCAAUAAAAAAACUAUUAACGAGAA